AUGGUAUUGGCCAUACUUGCCCUAACCUUACUCCUAACAACAUUGGCCUCAAAAGUCAUUCGAGAUUGGCUUAUAGAAAAAUGUCCUUCUUUACAUAAGAAAAAACAUCUUCCUCCUGGCCCACCAAGGUGGCCUAUUGUUGGUAACCUUCUCCAAUUAGGACAACUCCCUCAUAGAGACUUAGCAUCUUUAUGUGAUAAAUAUGGACCCUUAGUUUACUUAAAAUUAGGAAAUAUUGAUGCCAUUACUACUAAUGACCCUGAUAUUAUACGUGAAAUUCUUCUUUCUCAAGAUGAUGUUUUUGCUUCUCGUCCACGCACUCUUGCUGCAGUUCAUUUAGCAUAUGGAUGUGGUGAUGUUGCACUGGCUCCAUUAGGACCUCAUUGGAAACGAAUGAGAAGAAUUUGUAUGGAACAUUUGUUAACUACUAAGAGACUCGAAUCAUUCUCAAAACAUCGCCAAGAGGAAGCACAACAUCUUAUUAAGGAUGUUUUGGCCAUGGUCGAAUCAGAAAAGGACAUUAAUUUAAGGGAAGUUUUAGGUGCUUUUUCAAUGAACAAUGUCACUAGAAUGUUAUUAGGGAAACAAUAUUUUGGUUCUAAAUCUGCUGGUCCACAAGAGGCUAUAGAGUUUAUGCACAUAACUCAUGAAUUAUUUUGGUUAUUAGGUGUGAUAUAUUUAGGUGACUACUUACCAAUGUGGAGAUGGAUUGAUCCUCAUGGUUGUGAAAAGAAAAUGAGAGAAGUAGAAAAAAGAGUAGAUGAUUUUCACUCAAAAAUUAUUGAAGAACAUAGAAAGGCAAGGGAAAAUAAGAAAGAGAUAGGAAAAUGUGAUGAAGAACUUGAUUUUGUGGAUGUUUUAUUGUCUUUGCCAGGUGAAGAUGGCAAAAAGCAUAUGGAUGAUGUUGAGAUAAAAGCGUUGAUUCAGGAUAUGAUAGCGGCUGCAACAGACACUUCAGCUGUUACUAACGAAUGGGCGAUGGCCGAGGUAAUCAAACAUCCACAUGUCCUUCAUAAAAUCCAAGAAGAACUUGAUGCAGUGGUUGGCCCUAAUAGAAUGGUGAUGGAAUCAGAUUUGCCUUACCUUAAUUACUUACGAUGUGUUGUACGUGAAACUUUUCGCAUGCAUCCAGCAGGACCAUUCCUCAUUCCACAUGAAUCACUUCGACCUACUACUAUCAAUGGAUACUAUAUUCCUGCAAAGACUCGUGUAUUCAUCAACACUCAUGGAUUGGGUCGAAACACCAAGAUUUGGGACAAUGUGGAGGAGUUUAGGCCUGAGAGACACUUUUUAGAUAAUGGGAGUCGAGUUGAGAUUAGUCAUGGAAGUGAUUUUAAGAUACUGCCUUUUAGUGCUGGAAAACGCAAAUGUCCAGGUGCACCACUUGGAGUUACGUUGGUUUUAAUGGCUUUGGCUAGACUCUUUCAUUGCUUUGAUUGGGAACCACCUAAGGGAUUGAAUCAUCAGGAUAUUGAUACUCAAGAAGUUUAUGGAAUGACUAUGCCCAAAGUUCAACCGUUGAUCGCUAUUGCCAAGCCACGUUUGGCAAGACAUAUGUAUGAUUGA